UAUAUUUUGGAGCAGAAAUUUUACCAGUGAAAAUUUUGUACGGAAAAGUCGAACGAAAUUGCAACCCCACAGCAGUCGGUGGUGGAAAAUCGUUCGCUCGAGAUGGAACUGGUGAAGGAACGAUUCUGGAUGCUAAUCCAACGGGAUGUUGGACUUAUUCCGGAGCAUAUUAUAAACAUAUUGGAAUUUUGCGGCUAUUCCGCGAAUUGCGCUCUAGAAGCGAUCAAUGAUGAGAGGUUGAAAAUUAUCGAGCGGGAAGCGAAAGAAAUUCCCCAAAUCCUUCGCAUUCCGGCUAGCGAUGAGGAGCAAAUGAAAAAGUAUUUCGGUAAAUUUUACCGCAAUCCGCAAAACUUCCACAUCCUGAGCGGCGAGGCGCAGCAAAUCAAAAUGAUGGGCGUCUAUCUUCGCCAGAAAGGCAUCGGUAGUUACAUGAAGCUUGAUGAAUUGUCUCGAAUGAGAGACCGCCGACGGAAGGAAGUGGCCCCCACCGCCACCGAAGCAGGCGGCGGCACCCUCGAGGAACAGGCUCGCUUGCUGGCCGAGCGAAUCCAUACGUUCUACUUCAAUCGCUGCGAUGGCUCACCGACGAAUGUGGAAUUCUGCAACAUGGUGAGCGCGGUGCAGGUUGCAGUCGAAAUCGGUGAGGACGGUAAUUUGGUCGGGCACGUCACGUGUCCACUGUGUCAAAUGGAGAAGAAGCUGCGUGUUUCGCAGGAUCGAACCGGCCAUUGGGUGCUGGCAAACAUUGUAUCCCACAUGAACCGCCAUCUAACGGCCAUGUGCAAUCCCAACGCAAACCAAGUGGAAGAUCCCAACUCGGCCAAGAAGGUCAAGUUGGAACCGCUGGACUUGGAUGAUUCCUCCUCCCAGUACGGUGCAAAUCCGUACGGGUUUACGAUGAGUUUGACCUGAACUGAAAUUACUGUUAUUCCGUGGAAUGUACAGCAAUUCUUAACCUGUAAGUACAUUUAACA